AGACUUGUUCAGUAUUCAGUUCGGGCGCUUCUUGUGCAGACAGAGCAGCGCCGUGAGUGACGGCAGCGGCAGGCGAUAGAGUCUAGACAACAGACAGCCCUUCGCUCAGUGGCAGUGCAUGCCCGAGCGCCAGUUCUCGGUGUCGUUUCGGCUGGUGAAACCCCCAGGAUGGAGAUGGAGGACGAGCUGGCCACGGGCGUGGUGCUCUCACCCACGCGCAACCUAAGUAAGGACGGCGAGAUCGUGCGGCGCUGGAUGGAGAUGGUGCUGGGCGACAAGUUUGUGGGCGACCUCCCAGCGACGCUGCACUCGGGCGUACUUCUCUGCGAUCUGAUCAAUAAAUUGUACAAGGCGUUGGGAAUGAAGAGCCAGAUCAGCCCAGUACGUGCUCAGGGCGACGAUAUGGACGCAUGGAGCAAUGUGCGCGAAUAUAUUAGAGCGUGUGAGGUACUUGGAGUGGCGCGGCAAGAUCUCUUCCAGCCGGAAGACCUGCUUACAUGCAAGGAUAUGGAGAAAGGUGAGUGGUAUUGUAGGGUUUGAGUGAGAUGCAGUGUUAACGUGGCGUAUAGUGUACAGCAAUAUCCUCGCAUUGCAGACGGUGGCCGUGUCGCUCUCCAACCGCCGCUCGAUCGAUGAGCGCAGCUCCAUGAUCAAUGCACCGCUACUACAGGACUGGUCUCCGAUGUCCGAGCACGGUGUAUUCGCCGACGACGAUGAUCUGGAUGCAGAGGAUUUGGAUCUGGACUCUCCUGAAGCCGUUAACAUGCUGCAGCAAUCGCGAUGGCAGCGGCUACUGUUUGAGUAUGAGCAUCAGCAACAACGGAAGGAGGAGCGAGAUCGCGCGGGUGAUUCCUCUGCGUCUGAUGGGCUGGGUCCUCUCGCGCACGGUAUUUGGCGCACGGAAGAGCGGAUUCGAGCAAUAUUAAUGCGCGAAGAUCGGGACUUUGGAGCAGUGCCCGAGGAAUUACACGGGAAGUUGUGGAUGCUGGCGUCUGGCGCUCAAUUGGAAAUGAGGAAAAACAAGGGCCAGUAUGAACGAUUAUUAGCCUCAGAAUUAGAGAGCACCGAGGCGACACGGCAGAUUGAUGUGGAUCUACACCGAACUGUUGCUGACGAGGACAAAGAGUUGUGGACCGAGGAGAAAUCCAGGAUGAUGCGGCGGGUAUUAGUCGCGUACUCGAUCUACAAUCCAGGUCUGGGGUAUUGCCAGGGUUUGAAUUAUAUUGUGGCUCGAAGUCUGCAAUUUCUGGACGAAGAAGAAGCGUUCUACUUGCUCGUUGCUAUCAUUCAGCUUGUCCCGGACGAUUAUUACACGACAAUGCUGGGGCUGGCUGUGGACCAACACGUAUUUGCAGACCUUGUCCGGAUUCAGUACCCGGAGAUUUCCGAGCAUCUAUCAGAGCUUGGCGGGUCUGGAAUGGAGCUCUCGCUUGCUUGUACGGAGUGGUUUUUGACGCUUUUCGCUAGUCCUUGCGAAAGAGGAGUCACUUUCCAGAUCUGGGAUGCUAUUUUCCUGCAAGGAGACGAGGUUCUCUUUAGGGUAGCGUUGGCUUUGCUUCAACAGGCAAAGGCAGAUCUUCUCGCGUGUAAAAACUAUGGAGAUAUGCUGAAGCACCUGAAUGAGCUUGGUAGAGGUGAACUCGAUGCUUUGACAUUGAUGCAGGUUUCAAAGAAUCAGGAUUGUGUGAUUCGUGGCCGAAUCGAAGAUUUCCGAGCUCACCACCGCCUUCAACUGGCAUCGGGUAUUGUAGCCUCUACAGUUGAAGCUGAGGAUAGACGGAGCUCAACAGCAGGACGACGAAGCUCGGAGACCAGGUCAGAGCCAAGAUUGAGGAUAUUUGGUCGCAAGAAGCCAGGCAUUUUCCGACACAUUGACAAGAUUCCUCCUCGCUUAGCACGAACAUUCGACCGAAAUCUCUCCGAGGAGUACAUGGAGUCUUUACAGCGAGAUCAUCCCAACUUUGCGCAGUAUUACGAAGGAAUGCGGCCCCAGAUUAAGGAAAUGUAUUGGGGAUCAGCAGACAGUUAUCGCCAGUGGGGCGCACGAAAUGUCCGUCGAAUUUCUACUGAUGGUUUUGCCGUCAGCAGAACCAAGGAGGAUGAAAGCCGUCACACGAAAGGAGAUACCAAUAGUUUGGGAAGCCACCAGAGGAGUCCGAACGGAUCCAAUGACCGUAGACCUGAACUGACACGAGAUCGUCGCAGCAAGAGCUUCAUGCACCCAAAGAAGAUCCAGAGCAACAGCGCAAACAGCACCCCCAACGGUCGACCGAUAAAAGAUGACGAGGAUGCCCAGUUGAUAGGACGCUCACCGUUAGCGUGGAUUCAGCGCUUUGAGGAAUGGCACAAGGACAUGAAAACCCAAAAAGAAAAGAAGAAAGCGGAGAAGAGACUACGUCGCAACCAGCGUUCUGAAAGCUUGUUCCCGGGCUCGAGAAAUGGGCAACCGGACCCCUGGAUACGCGGAGCCAUUGACUCUUCCCCGGUGCCACUUUGCCCCCAGCCGAAGAAAUCGCUAGAUAUUGAAGGCUUUUCAUUAGGCCACCGAAGGAGAUCCAACGAGUACCAGGAGAACAUCCCAAUGCUGGAAGAACCGUCGCUCUCGCGCUCGUAUUCAGACCCAUUUCGGUCCCCCGCGGGUAUUGCGGGACGUAGUUUGCGUAAGAACGCAAGUGAGAAGACGUGCCGUGAGACUGAACCAGGUCCGAUGCUUCCGCAACAUCCGUUCAAACGCGACAUCGAUGAAGUCCCGCAAAAGCCAGAUAUCGAUGAAGUACGCAAACUCGGUCGCAGUAGCAAUGGACGCGCUUCUCGAGGGUUCAGCGACCAGAGCACAUUGUCAAGAAGCACCAACUCGUAUGUCAACACAGCCUCUUUCACUCUGGAUCCGCAGGAAGAAAUCCCAGAUGAAACAAACUCAAAUCAUUCGCUCGACGAGAAGAUUGCAAAGCAAGAAGAGGAAGGAUUGAGUCCAACACUGGCACAGCUGGAGAAGCCACUGGUGCAUGAGCUGAUGUUUUCUCCGGUUCACUGCCGAUCGAGCUCAAUGGACUUUGCAGCCGAAGCGCCAGGUUCGUGUGCCGCGCCUCAGAUCCGCCGCAUCCUGUCAGUUCCUGCUGAUGAGAUGAGCGUUCAAAUGCGUCCGCGGAACUUGAAACGCGACUGCUCUCAAGCGAUGCGAGAGCGUGCGAAUGUUCUACAGUACAUGCAUCGGAAGGCAAGCGACGCUAGCAGUAUUGCUGGCAGCAUUCCGCGCAGUCCUGCUCGUAUGAGCGAGAGUUCCAGCGACUCGUCUCGGUUCGGUGACCACACCAGCAACCGAAGUGGCAAACACUUCCGGAAGAGCUCGUUCUCGUUUUUUGACAAACUUUCCAGUGAUUUAGAGAACAGCACACACGGACUGGACAGUCUGGUCGAUGAUUCUGAAUUCAAGACGGAGAGUAUCGGCCGAGGGUCCAUGUCUUCGGUUGCAACUGGUCGAUCCAGCACAGUUGACGAGCAACGGCCAAUGGGCGGAGCUAUCUCCAUCUCGUCGUGAAAAGUGAGAUGAAAGACAAACGUGAGGAAUUUGCAAGAAGAAAAAAUGCCAACGCCAAACGUUGGUUUCAUGGUAGUGAAGUUAGUGUCGUCCAAUAGAGCCAAAAAUUGAUGACAAAUUUUAUCUUGAAAUUUGUAAGGC